UUGCCUAGCAACCUUUUGUUUUCAGCGUCAUUUCAACUUUUUAAGUGCUCGGAUACACGCAUAGGAUUAUAAUGGAUUUAAUAAAGGAAAUAAAUGAAAAAUAUCAAGCCCUGGAGGCAGAAAUUGAUAAGCAACUAGAAAAGGUGCAAGCUGAGGAACAAAAAUUGGAGCGUCAGAAUGAGAAAUUUGCAGAGAAAGCAACAGCUACACAGGCACCAAAAAUAUUAUCCUACGAAGAAGCGUUACAGCGAAAUGCAAAUACCCUAAAGUCAUUAGAAAUAGCAAAGGCUCGUUUACGCUCACGUUCUACGUAUUCGCCAGUCGAAAAGCUGUUGCAGCGUGCUUUAAGUAAUUAUAAAAAUGAGCUGGAGAGCCUCAAUAAACAAGAGACCAGCACAAAAGCAGGGAAACAGGCGCUGGCAGGUCAAAAAAAGGCGGACGAGGAUGACGCUGAGGAGGAAGCAAAUACGAGCUGAUCAUGCAUAAUGUGCUGGGGGCCAGCAAUAAAAACAACUCAGCAACUGGCGAAAGUCGUCACAAAUGACAAUUUCAUGGAAUUCUACAAGUCAAGGCAAGACGUGUCGCUCGAGCAACGGAAAAAAGUUCAAUUCACAAGCUGAAUAAAUAGACACCAAAUGUACACACAUGACAAAAUGAGAGUUGUAUGCUUUUUCCCCACUGUCAACAAGAACCCAAAACGAAUAAACACCCAACGCAGCCAAGCCAGGUGUAUCCAAUGGGAAAGCACCACACAAGAUCUAACCAAAACUUGGCAGUCCUGUCAGAACUAACUAAAAUGU